GAUCAUCAAUUACUUAUUAAUCACGCUAGGUAUCGGUCCGCUAGCGCCACGCCUAAUCGAUAUCGUCAUACAUCCAUUCCCAUAUCAUAUCACCUCGUCCCAUAUUCACCACGUUCGUUGUCUUCCGACUGUAAUCAUUAAUCAACAGUCGAAACCUCGCAAUAUUCAUACCGAAAGAAUCCAAGCUGUGUCAACAUGAUGAUCUUUACAAAAUUCACACAGCUCGCUCUACUCGCCAUUUCCCUAUUCUCGAUUCCUGGCUUGAGUGCAGCAGCACCUCAAAAAUCAGUAAUUGUUUCGUAUCCAGAUGAUACUCCAAAUAAUGUAGUGCAGCAAGCGAUGGAUGCGAUCAAAAAUGCCGGAGGUGUUAUUACACAUGAAUACAAACUUAUCAAAGGCUUCGCUGCCAAAGCUCCAGCUCAAGUCCUCGUUACUGUUCAGGCAUGGGGAAGCGAUUAUCAUGCUGUUAUCGAAGAGGAUCAGGUUGUAAAUGCCAAUGAUUAAGAGAGGGGUUUGACGACGAAAUGAGAUGAAAUUGGAAACAGGCGCAUUCAGGAAAUCCUACCCAUCGACGGGUUAUAUAUAUAUGAGGUCCAUAGGGGAUGCUGGGUAUUAUCGAGGAGUUUGGUGGUUCCUCGUUGGUAGGACCUAUGUAUAUGAGGUUGUUCUGGGAAUGGAGUCAAAAUGGACUUGCGAUAUUUUUUAUAUAAAAUGAUUUGGGGAAAUGGUAAUCGGCUGGACAACAUCAGCAUACUUCAAACUCAGGGCAGCGAACUCGAGCGUCAUUACAGAAGAAAUCUCAUAAUAUUUCACUCACAUGCAUAUUUACAACAUGUACAUUUAUUAAGGGGCUCAUUUUCAGAUAAUCUGAAUAUGAAGGGGUGAAUCAAAUGCUGUCUAAUUAGACAACCCCGAGCAGUAUGAGUGUCUGACUUUAUAUCACACACAAUUUCCUGUUCAUAUUAGAAAUUUAUGCAGAUUUCAUAUCUUCAGUCGACCUGAUCGAGAUCUCCUCAUCUACUUAGUAUCAAUUACUCAGGUCUUGGGCCA